AAAAGUUAGAAAGAUAACCCCAUGUGCUCUGUGCCAAUGUUUUUCUUUAAUUUAAAUACAAUUCAAUUAAAGUAAAUUUUUAAAAAACAACAAGAAAACAUUCUUCAUAGUCACGUUUGUUAGAAACUAAAGAAAUCCUAUCGAAAUGGCGACGGAAUCAAGAGACCACAUCGAUAUGAUUCCCUCGAACCUUGAGUUCAGAGUGUUCACCGGGGAAGAAAUCAAAAAGCUAAGUGUGGUUAAGAUAAUAACUGGGCUCACAUUCGACUCAUUGGGUCAUCCAUAUCCUGGAGGAUUAUAUGACAAUGCUAUGGGAAUUCAUGGCAAGUCAUUGGAUACUUGUUUGACAUGCCGUUCGAAUGUGAUGUGUCCCGGGCAUCUUGGACACAUAGAACUCAACGCAUUAGUGUAUAAUCCGUUCUUCAUAAAGCUUGCUCAUGACAUCUUGAGGAUGUUUUGUAUCCACUGCUUUUCAAUACAAAUGCCAAAUAAUGCUAUCGAAAUUCUUAUACUUCAACUGCAACUUGUCGAUGCUGGUUUUGUGAUUGAGGCACAAGAAAUGGAGAUCUACAAGUCCGAGUAUGUGUGCCAGAAUAGUGAUGAAUUUGUGAAGGGUGAAAAUGGCGAACGAACUCAUCCCCGUAUCGCCCAGUUGCGCGAAUUAAUAGCCAAAAGUACUAAAAAUACAUGCAACAACACAAAGACUUCUUGUGGCAUUCGUUCGGCAAUAAUUCACAGUGCUAUGCAAUGCAGGACAACCAAAAAGUGCUCAUACUGCUCUAAGGCUAUGAGGCUAAUAAAGUAUUCGUAUGGAAAAUUGGUCAUCUAUGUUACUAAAAGUGAUCUAGAAAUAUCAAGGUCCCAGGGAGAUCAAGUAAUUAAGGGUGGAACUAAUAAAGUUGUUUUGGCUGAUGAAUGCAGACAAUAUCUACGUGAAAUCAACAAACGCUACUCCACCCUGUUGAAGCUCCUCUUUCCCAUUUUCAAAAGUGCAUCUGAAUUGGAACACCCAGUUGAUAUACUUUUUAUGAAUAUCAUACCUGUAACCCCACCCAGAUCACGUCCAACCAAUUUCGUCAAUAAUCAUAUCAUCGAACAUACUCAAACAACUCUCUACAAAAAGAUCGUGGAGACGAAUGCAGUUCUGAGAGCAAUUAUGAUCAAAAUAAAGAGCGAUAAAGAGGAUUUACAAAAUGAAGUAGUGGCAGUCUAUGAAGCAGCAAGAGGAUCAACACCACUUGAAAAGAUGUACUUUGCAUGGCAAGCCCUGCAGGCAGCUGUGGAUCUGCUCCUAGAUUCAAACUUGAGCCCAGGUUCAGAUGAGUCAGAUGGUUUAAAACAGAUAUUAGAAAAGAAGGAAGGUCUGAUUCGAAAGCAUAUGAUGGGAAAACGUGUAAACUUCGCGGCUCGUACUGUCAUUACUCCCGAUCCCAAUAUCAAUGUCGAGGAGAUCGGAAUUCCUGAUAUAUUUGCUCGGAAAUUGUCAUUUCCGGUGCCAGUCACUCCAUGGAAUGUAGCAGAACUUCGUAAACUCGUUAUGAACGGCCCUGAGAAAUAUCCUGGAGCCAACUUCAUUGAAGACGAAAACGGUUUCACCUUUUUAAUUCCAGCUAAUAACGCAUCUAAACGGGAAAGUUAUGCCAAGCUUUUGCUCAAUAAUUCCACAAGAGGAACAAAAAUAGUCCAUCGUCAUGUUUUGAAUGGAGAUAUGCUUUUGUUGAAUCGACAGCCAUCUCUCCACAAGCCUAGUAUCAUGGCACACAAAGCUCGGGUGUUGCGCGGUGAGAAAACAUUCCGAUUGCACUAUUCAAAUUGUAAAGCAUACAAUGCUGAUUUCGAUGGUGACGAAAUGAAUGCUCAUUUAGCCCAGAGUCAGGUCUCCAGAUCUGAGGCACAAUUUAUAGCAAAUGUUGCCAGCAAUUAUUUGGUUCCCAAAGAUGGAACUCCAUUGGGAGGUUUGAUUCAAGAUCAUGUUAUUUCGGGUGUGAAGCUAUCGAUAAGAGGGCGAUUUUUCAAUAAAGAGGACUAUCAGCAACUAGUUUUCCAAGGUUUAUCACAUCUGCAAGGGAACAUAAAGCUUUUGCCUCCGACAAUUUUAAAACCAACUGUUUUGUGGUCUGGAAAGCAGAUCCUGUCGACGAUUAUUAUCAAUAUCAUACCUAAAGGUUAUGACCCUAUUAAUUUGAUAUCGACCGCCAAAAUCAAUGAAAAGAAUUGGAUAUCAUCUGAACCUCGAGUUUGCGAAGCUGGUGGAAAAUUACUUGGUGCAGAAAUGGCAGAAUAUCGAGUAACCAUUCGGAAAGGAGAAUUGCUGACAGGUGUCCUCGAUAAAAAACAUUACGGGGCUGCCCCUUACAGUUUGGUUCACUCUAUGUACGAGCUCUAUGGAGGAGAAGUAUCAACUUGCCUGUUAACUUCGUUUACGAAAGUAUUCACAUCAUUUCUUCAACGAGAAGGCUUCACGCUCGGUGUCCAUGAUAUUCUAGUUACUGCAAAUGCAGAUGCCCAACGCCGACAAAUUGUCAAGGAUAGUCGAAAAAUUGGAAAUGCAGCUGUUGCUUCAGCUCUUGACUUGGAACCCGACACCCCACACGAUGUGUUGGCAGCGAAAAUGGAAGAAGCCUACAUUCAAAAUCCCAAAUUCCGUGUCAUCUUGGACAGAAAGUAUAAAUCGCUGUUGGACGAGUUCACAAAUAAAAUAAAUAAGGUUUGUCUGCCAGAGGGUCUAAUAAGUCGAUUCCCGGAGAAUAACUUGCAACUGAUGGUCCUGUCUGGAGCGAAGGGAUCAACGGUCAACACUAUGCAGAUCUCUUGUCUCUUAGGACAGAUUGAAUUGGAAGGCAAACGUCCACCAUUGAUGAUAUCGGGAAAAUCUCUACCAAGUUUCACCUCCUACGAGACUUCCCCGAAAUCAGGUGGAUUUAUCGACGGACGGUUUAUGACGGGCAUUCAACCACAGGACUUCUUCUUCCAUUGUAUGGCCGGUCGUGAAGGUCUUAUUGAUACAGCUGUUAAGACCAGUCGUUCGGGAUACCUGCAGCGUUGUUUAAUCAAACAUCUAGAAGGUCUCACCGUUCAUUACGACUUAACUGUACGUGAUAGUGACAAUUCUGUUGUGCAAUUCCUCUAUGGCGAGGAUGGAAUGGACAUUUUGAAAUCGAGAUUCUUCAAGGACAAAUGUGCCACGUUUUUGGAUUAUAACUCUUCCAUAAUCCUUCGUCCGAGUGAACUGAAAAGUAUCAAAGAUGAUGUUGCUUUAGUUCCCGUUCAAAAACACGCAAAGAAAAUACGAACAUGGAAAAAGAAAAACACCACUAAAAAGCGUCCAGUAUCAAGUUUCGCUCAAUUCUCCAAAGAACUUCGUAAUGAAGUUGUCGUUGAAAAUCCAAAUGAACUUAACAAAGAAACUGGUCGUUUGAAAAUCGACGAAGCUAUGAUAACUCUAUGGAAUAAAGCUGAUGCCGAGGCUAGGGAAAAAUAUAAAAAGAAAUAUAGUUCGUGUCCCGAUCCGACUAUAUCCAAGUAUAAACCAGACAAUUUUUACGGAUCGGUUUCUGAGUAUGUGGAGAAACUAAUUGAGGAUUAUAGUACACAAAAGCCCCACCGCAAAGACAUCAUAACCGAUAUAAUGUACAUUAAGAGUAUAAAAUCGCUAGCAGAACCGGGUGAACCUGUUGGACUGCUUGCAGCUCAAUCUAUUGGUGAACCUUCAACUCAGAUGACAUUGAAUACUUUCCAUUUUGCUGGUCGUGGUGAAAUGAACGUGACACUGGGUAUUCCUCGAUUGAGGGAAAUUCUAAUGCUGGCAUCGGCAGCAAUAAAAACUCCUUCCAUGGAUAUUCCAGUUUUUGAAAGUCAAGCUAAAGCCGCAGAUAAGUUGAGAAUCAAAUUGAAUCGAGUCACUUUGGCAGAUGUUCUUCAAUUUGUUAACGUUAAAAUAUCAUUGGUCCUCUUUCCUGAGCGUGCUUAUCGGUAUAAAAUAACCUUCCAGUUUCUUCCACGCGAAGCCUAUCAAGAUGACUUUAUUGUAAAGCCGAAGAAAAUCCUGAAAUAUAUGACUGAGACGUUUUUCAAGCAAUUCUUCCGCUCCAUCUUGAAGUCUUCGAAAAAGAAGGAAACAGUUAUUGAUAUUGACGAUGAUAAAGCGAAAAAAUCAUCAAAAUCAGACAAGUUUGAAGAAGUUGAUUAUGAUGACGAAGGAGCAAGUUCCAAUCAACCCAAAAAGAGCAAAGCUAAGCCCAUGGAUGAAGACUCUGACGAUGAUGAUGAUAACAAUAAUGAUGAUGAUGACGCCACUGGAAUUAAACUGAAAAACAGAAAACACGACGAUAACGAAUAUGACGAUCCGGAUGAUGUGGAAGAGAUUGAGGAUGCUAACGAAGUUGAAUCGAUACGUGCCGAUGAAGAAGAGGAAGAAAAAGCUGAAGAAAAAGGUGAAGAAGAACCAAACGAAGAUGAUGAGGUUGCGAAGGUCCUCACCAAUGAAAUGGUCAGGGGCUAUGUUUAUGACAAAGCGAAUCACUUAUGGUGCAAGUUAACUUUUGAUUUACCAGUGCGAUACCGUAAACCUGAUAUUUCUACCAUUAUUCGUGAAUUGGCCCAGAAGGCUGUGAUUUAUCAAGUGCCUAAAAUCAAGCGAGCCAUUUUGUAUAAAAACAACGAAGAGCUCCUUCUAAAAACAGACGGCAUCAACAUUGUGGAAAUGUUCAAAUAUAAUAAAAUCCUCGAUGUCAAUCGAAUAUACUCCAAUGACAUUCAUGGCAUAGCCAAUACUUAUGGUAUUGAAGCAGCGGCCAAGGUCAUCGUGAAGGAAGUCCAAAACGUGUUCAAGGUCUAUGGUAUCACGGUGGAUCCCAGGCAUUUGUUGCUCAUUGCCGAUUACAUGACCUUCGAAGGAACAUUCAGACCGCUGAGUCGUAAAGGUAUGGAACACUCUUCGUCGCCCCUGCAACAGAUGUCAUUCGAAUCGUGUCUGCAGUUCCUUAAAUCAGCGACGAUAUCCGGACGUGCGGAUGAAUUUAAUUCGCCCUCAAGUCGACUUAUGGUUGGUCUACCUGUAAAGAACGGAACUGGUUGCUUCGAUCUGCGAUUCAAAUACAAUGACUUAAAUAAAACGAUAAAUAUAUAGAAACAC